AUGAACCAGAGUGCCCCGAUCCGGGCGGCUCAAGUGGCUGACAUCGCAUAUUGCUAUAUUCUGCCGACGAUAUGCAUUCUUGGUAUCAUUGGAAAUAUCACAAAUCUGGUGGUGUUAGCCUCGCGAAAAUUGCGUGCAGUCUCCUAUAUGUACUUGAGAGCGCUAGCUGUGGCUGAUCUCCUCUGCAUGCUCUUUGUCUUAAUAUUUGUAUCAGUGGAAAUUCUGGAGAAACAAGGAAUUCACUUCAAUCGAUCUCGAAUCUAUGCUUUUUAUCAAGCCCAUCUCAUGCUAACUCUCAUCAAUUGGGCACUUGGCACUGGAGUAUUUGUUGUGAUGGCUUUAUCACUUGAAAGAUUCAUCUCUAUCGUUUUCCCAUUACAAUUUCGAGCCUGGAAUUCACCGCAAAGGGCCAUCAAUGCAAUCAUUCUCUCUUACGUGAUCCCUGUGCUUUUAUACAUUCCUUAUGGAAUCUCAAGAUAUAAAUCAGAAGAACAUUGGGAUCCAAUCAAUAAUGUCACUUAUUGGAAAGUGGCUGAUAGUGAAAUCUCGCAAUCGAUGGGAUGGCAAUUCUACAAAUGGACUCGAGAGGCAAUGCUACGUUUUGGUCCAAUCAUUGUAUUGUCGAUUUUGAAUGUGCGAAUCAUGGUCGCUUUCCGCAAUCGACAACGAAUGUUUGCGCAAUUGACAAAGAGAAAUGAGAAAAACGCCUCUCAUCGCAAUAGCAACAAAGAUGACACUUUACUAUACAUGUUGGGCGGUACGGUGAUCAUGUUUUUCAUCUGCAACAUCCCAGCUGCAAUCAAUUUAAUAUUGAUUGAUGAGGACCUAAAACGACGAUGGGACUAUCAAAUUUUUCGAGCCGCUGCCAAUCUAUUGGAGAUUAUGAAUCACGCAUCUCAAUUCUACGUUUUCUGUGCUUGCUCAACGGAUUAUCGAGUAACCUUUCUGCAAAAAUUCCCGUGUUUCCAAAAAAGUUACGCGAAUAAGAGGAUGAGGUCUUUUGUGAAGAGAACACAAUCAGUCAUCAACAGAGAUCGAGAAAGCGAACCGUGCGAUACGCAGCGAGCUGAGGACACUCCAUCACAUUCAAAAACGAGUCGUUUAGAUGGACAUCGAGAUCAGGAUACUGUUGAUCUUCAUCUUGCUUCCGGUGAAUCCGAUGGUUUAUCAGGUGAACGAGAGAGCGAUUCUCUCAUCAGAUACGGUGUCGUCGCUAAGCUCAAAAUGUCGAACGAUGAUCUAGCUGGCAGCACUUUCUUA